AUGGUGAGCAUCGCAGUGGCAAAGGAGGCUGCGGCUUCCCAAAUCUCCCCAGAUGACGGCGAGCGGCCAUCGUUCGCGCUUGUCGACGCGCUGGCAACCGUUGCUCUGGUGUGGUAUGUGAUCGUUGUCGUGGUUUCCGCCGUCGGCUACAUCCAGCUACGGCGAUGGUACUCGUCUCCGCGUCCGCCGGCCUUCUGCCUCACACAGCUACCGCCCGACGACAUCCCACACGUCACCGUCAUCCGCCCGGUCAAAGGCCUCGAGCCCAGCCUCUACGACUGCCUUGCCGCGACCUUCCGCCAGACCUACCCGCUGCAGAAGCUCACCAUCUUCUUUUGCGUUUCGUCACGCGAUGAUCCGGCCUACCCGACGCUGCAGCGCUUGGUCGACGACUUCCCCGCCUUCGACGCGAAAAUUCUUGUCGAGACCGACGAUCCUCUGCUCAAUGGCAGCACCGAACACGACCAUGGCGACCGUCCACCCAUGGGCCCCAACCCGAAGAUCAGGAACAUGAGCAGGGCCUACCGCGAGGCCAAGGGCGAUAUUGUGUGGAUCCUUGACUGCAACGUGUGGGUCGGCCGCGGCGUGUGCGGUCGCAUGGUCGACACGCUGUGCGGCUACGGCGGCCGCCGGAAGAACAAGUUCGUGCAUCUGCUACCGCUGGUCGUCGAUACCGACACGGCGCCGCACGGCGAGGAGUCGCAAGGGCUGCUCAACGGCGACGCCAAUGGCCACGGUCGCGCCCACGUCGCGUCGAGCAGCACCGCGACCUACGAGCUCCGCAGCAGCGGCAGCACCUCGACUCGCAACGCACGCAUCUGGCAACUGGGAGGUGGUAGGCUGGAGGAGCUGUUCAUGUCGUCGAGCCAUGCCAAAUUCUACACGGCCAUCAACACGGUGCUCCUCGCGCCGUGCAUCGUCGGCAAAUCCAAUAUGUUCCGCCGCUCGCACCUGAACGCCCUGACCGGCCCGCUGCCGCAGCAGGCCGAAGGCAUCGACUUCUUUUCCGAGAACAUCUGCGAGGAUCACCUCAUCGGCGACCGCCUGUGGCGGCAGCAAGUCCCCGCGGAGAAGACCCAAGGCGAAUCCUGGGGCAAGCACGCCAUGUGCUUCGGCGACCUAGCCAUCCAGCCCAUGGCCGGCAUGAGCGUGCCCGAGUACAUUGCCCGCCGCGUGCGCUGGCUGCGCGUGCGCAAGUUCACCGUCACCCUCGCCACCCUGGUCGAGCCUGGCACCGAGUCCUUCCUGUGCGCCCUGUACGCCGCCUUCGCUGUCACGACCUUGCCCUUCUUCCACGACACGCUUUGCAUGCCCCAGACAUGGACGGCCUUUUGGGUCUUUUGGUUCGUCAACGUCGCCCUCUGGUGCUUUGUCGAUUGGACGCUGUACCGCAAGCUACACUCGGCGAACAGCAUCGAGGUUGAUGAGUGCACGCCGCCGUUUGCGAGACCGCCGAAGACGCCUAAUGGUACGAGGAGGCCAUUUGAAGAGUGGUUUCUCGCGUGGUUGGGCAGGGAGGGCCUGGCGUGGCCCGUCUGGGCGUGGGCCGUGUACGGCGGCGUCACUGUGAAGUGGAGGGGGAAGAGGUUCUGGGUCGGAUUCGACAUGAAAGUCCAUGAGAUCAAGGAGAAGGGGGAGGAGGGGAGCGAGAGAGGGAAGGCAAGGAGGGAUUGA